GUUUAAUUUAGCAGUUAAAACUUUCCGAUUUAGUUGCUAACAUUUGUUGUUGGUGCUGUUCACAUAUAAAGUGCCUAGCUGUAGCUCAUUUAGCAGUUCUUCAUUUUACAAGAUAAAGGAUAAGAGCCCAUGGACAACAGGAAGAGGCAACCCAGUUCUUCCAGUGCGGGGAGUUUGGUCUUUUGGUCCUCCUCGUUGCCCCGUCAAGCAGCGAGGGUCCUGAUUGUGGAGGCACUGCCCCCCGGUUGGUCAGACACUUGCUCCGUGCUUUGUGAUGCCUUGGACAACUUCCUGUCGCUGGCCUGCAGCCUGGAUGGACCCUGCAGGAUACCCCUACUCAGCCUCUACGCCAUCAGCAGGCAGCCGGAGUGUCUGCUGCCAUUUGUGCAGGUCCGUGGAAAUUUGGCCAGGCUGCAGUCCUGCGUGGAGGAGCUGAGGUCUAUUCCAGGUGAAAGUUGCAUCAAAAGUGCAGCCAAAGGAGGCGAUCUGCUGCGACAGGCGGUGCUGGACAGUCUGCAGCAGUUUAAGCAGUUUAUCAGACACACCAGCACAGGCAACCAGGCCUGCAGCAACGCAUCUGUGGAGGUUACCGUGGUGACCAGCCAGCCGGGGCGCAGCCUGAUUCAUCAGUUGGAGAGCGGGCUGAAAGGAGCCGACCUGGUGCCCCUCAGGCGGCUCCUGGUUGUCCAGAUUGUUGGAACGAAUGACUGGAGCCAGGACUCCCACUCACCUGAAGCCACAAUGACUGAAGGUACGACGCAUAGAGGAGGAUUUUCAACUGAUAGUACCUGACGAGUUGUUUAAAUGUAGCUAUCUGGCGCUGCUAGCUGUAAAUGUUUCCAAGCCCCUCCCGUUCACACUCGCUUCUGUUUCAACCCAUUCAUAAUGUUGCAUUACUAAUGUUUUUUGCAGUUUCAGCAUAACUGAUAUUAUCACAGUUGGUGGGAUGUUUGUGC